AUGGAAAACACAAACCUCAAGUAUACCUCCUCGUCCAUCAAGAUGUCCGACUCAAACGUCAACAUUGACUCCUCCUCAAGCACACACAUCAGCAUCAGGUAUACUGUACCGUACGAACUCGAGUCUUCACAUGAUGACCACAACUUUUCACAAAACACCACAGAAACAACACCACAGUGGUAUGGCAUCCAACUUGCAAAACAACAGCUAUGGCAAGAACAAAGGGUCUUUGCACAUCAUCAGUGUGUGAGAUUUAUGGCUUCAGACGUUACUGCUGAUAAUAAAUCUUCCACUGACGAUGACGAAGACGAUCAAGAAGAGUUGACUACAGAGUCUAGGACACCAUGGCAAUUUUCACACCUCGCAAAACAGUUUUCGAAGCUUGAGCAAGAGUGUUUUGCCAACACUUUUGCAAAACUUAAGGUCAGUGCUCAGGAGCUGAAAAAAACAGAAGAUGAAAAACCAGAAUGGAGGCAUGAGGAUCUAGCGAGACAUUGGGAACGAUUGGAGCAGAGGGCUUUUGCUGGGAGUUUUGGGAUAAGGUGA